GACAUAAAAUUUAAAAAUUCAACUUACGAAAACUAUAAUUCGGCAAAAACGUACAAAGUAAAAUAUACCGAUGGUCAUUUUUAUAAGGCUUUUAUCAUCGCAGUAGCGGAAACAAUGGAAGAGGUCAAAAUGAAAGCCGAGGAGAAGCGUAUUCGUUUGCCUGCUGCCAAACUGAGGGAGUUAAAUGUUGCAAACGAUGAGAUUAGUUCAUCGGACAAUGAAAAUAUUCCUCUUAAUACAAUGGAACGAAAUUCCACAAAAAAACAAAAGAAGAGUCAGGAGAGAGCAUACCAAUUAGAAAAUUAUCACAAAAUAAUGAAGUCUGUGUCAAAUCAAGAAAUGCCCAUGGAUCUGCCAAAUACUAUGGAAAGUAAAAAUUGGAAAGAAAAAUAUGAAGAAUUAAAAAAAGAAAACAAAGCAUUAACGGAAGAAGUCCAAAAGUUAAAGGAGCUAAAUAUUAACUUACAAGAGGAGGUGAUAGCAAAAUUUAAAAGUAUAGACUUCAUGCAAAAUCCGAUUCCACCAAUGGUAACUAUGGACAGCCAAGAAACUUCCAAACCGAUCCCCGAUGAUGUUCCAGUGGGCGGACUAUAUGAUGGCCAAAUUCACAUUGGACGAGGAGAAUGGUUACCUGUAGCCAUUUUUAAUAUGUGUAUGGCAAAAAAAAAAGAUUCUAUCUUUAUCAAAGAGAUUGCGUGUUCCUUAUUUUCGCCAGACGUAUUAUCUACAUCAUCAGUGACUGGUCAACCUGGUAAUAAGACCUCAAAUCCUGCCAAGCCUGCAUUAGACCCCACCAAACUUCUUGCAAUUGAAGAUAUACUCCAAUUCAGAAUGUUUCAAAGAGGCGAUACCCCUGAUCUAAAAAUUAUCAGAAACUGUGUCCAUAAACACGUUCGUGAUAAAAUUCAGGACCUCAUUAGACCACCAAGGGCGUCAAAAUCCAAAAAAUUAAAUAGUCAGAGCAACCCUCAGCAUAGAUUGUCACCUGAGGAACCUCAAGUAGUAGAAGAGCAUGUGCAGGAUGCAAAUAUGGAAAUUGUUGUGCCUAAUACCUUUAUCACUGAAAAUGCUGUAGUCCUAGUAGAUGAGUUAGGAGUUGAAAUUGGCCAUAUAUAGUAACGAUCAAAUUUAUUGAAUUUCUACUACAUUUGGGAAUUCACAAAUAACUUUUGUUUUACCAGUAUCAAUAAAAAUACAUUUAGAUUCGUAGUCAGACAUAGAUAUUAGUAGUAAUUCAUAGGUACUCUCUUUAACAUAAAACAUAUGAUUUAGUGUAACUUGCCCACAAAUGUAUGGUUGUGUGUGUAAUUUUUUAACUAGCAUAAAUGCUUUUUCCUUGUAAAGGAUAAAUUCUAAAAUCUCAACAAAAUCUUGGCAUUUUGUUUUUAUAACAGCGUUACAUUUUUUCGAUACAUUCAUGUAAUCAUUGCUAUGAAGCAUAGUGUUAUUAUACACACAUCUCUUGUAAAUAAAACCAUUUUCAGGUACAUCAGUUUUCAGGCUAUGAAGAUCUUCGAAAUUGUUAGUUCUUAAAAAUUUUAAUUUCGUUAUCAUUUCACUGGCAUUUAUAAGAGACGCUUUUCCUAACAAAAUGCUUUCACCUGCAACAGUCUUUCUUUUGUAAUGCCUUUUGUGGCCCACAAUUAGAUUAUUACAGAAUAUAACAGAAUUUUCAUUAAUAACGUUAUUACUUUGAAUACGAGGCACAAAUGUAUUAAAAUUAUAUAAUUUCUUAGCAA